UGAUUAAUGGCCGCGGUUGACGUUUCGUACGUACUUGUUUCACGCAAUGUCCAAAUAGUCCUUUUGUGUUAAAAAACGAGUGUUUAAAAUAAUAGUCAGUAAAAUGUAGUUAUAAAUCAAUAUAAAUUUGUUAUAAUUCUAUCGCGUAUAUCCACACCAAAGACAGAAACUUCCGAUAAUCUAGUCCAAUAUUGAUAUUUAAAAUAUAUUAAGGAAUUUAUUUUCCUUGUAUAUCUCCGGUGGGAAGUGUAAAUUAUAUAUAAUAUUAUUAAAUAUAUACUAAAUUAUACAAUAAAAACAUAAGAAAAUACUAGUACACAGUUCCUUCUUAAAUAAAACUGUUCUUUCUAUCUACUUUGUAAGUGAAGUCCUGGUUGCGCUUUAAGUAAUUGCAAGUUCUUUCUGAAGUCUUUAAAGUGAAUUUAACCUAAAAUGGUUACAAUGAAUUCGUCUGAAAAGGCGGCGCAAAAAGCCUGUCACCAGGGAACAUCCAAGGACACAACAAAAUGCUCGAAGGAUGAGAAGGAUAAGGAAAAAGAUAAGAAAGAUAAAGAUAACAUGGUCGCCAAUCUACCACCGAACGUUCAGGCUCUGAUGUCGACUAUACCAUCACCCGAAGAGUCGCCGAACUAUCUUGUGUAUAAAAAGAUGGAAGCCAUCAUAGAGAAGAUGCAAGAUGAGACCUCGGGUGUUCCAGUGAGGACGGUCAAGAGCUUUAUGACUAAAAUACCGUCUGUGUUCACGGGAGCUGACCUGGUAGCCUGGCUGACUAGACACCUCAACCUGGAGGAGGGUUGGGAGGCGUUGCAUAUAGCGCACCUGCUGGCUGCUCACGGGUAUCUGUUCCCCAUCGACGACCACAACCUCACCGUCAAGAACGACAACACGUACUACAGAUUCCAAACACCAUAUUUCUGGCCAUCCAACCAAUGGGAGCCGGAGAACACGGACUAUGCUGUGUACCUGUGUAAGCGGACCAUGCAGAACAAGGCCCGCCUGGAGCUGGCGGACUACGAGGCGGAGUCUCUGGCCAGGCUGCAGAAGAUGUUCAGCAGGAAGUGGGAGUUCAUCUUCAUGCAGGCGGAGGCUCAGAGCAAGGUGGACAAGAAACGUGAUAAACUGGAGCGGAAGGUCUUGGACAGCCAGGAGCGCGCCUUCUGGGACGUGCACAGGCCGAUGCCCGGGUGUGUGAAUACAACGGAAAUGGAUCCUAAGAAGAUGUCGCGCGUGAACGCUUUGAAGGCCAAGAGGUUGAGGCAGUGCCAGGAGCUGCUGCAGCAUAACGUAAAGAACAAUCCCAUAGUCACUAUAACAAAUGCCCAGGAAAGCGAGGAGGCCAUACAAAGAAGUUCAGAAAACCUGCUCAAGGAGAACGGUGAAAGCUCGAAUCAAGCUAAAUUGGAGAACGACAGGUGCCUGGAACAGCAGAUAGAGGCGGCUCGCAGACAGCUGGAGAUACUGAAGGCUAGAUUAGAGAGAAGGAACGUGAGGGUUAGCAAGGUGGCCGAUAUGUUCAUAUCCUAUUGCUCCCAGUACGUUGAGUACGACGCUCUCCUGACACCCCCGGAGUGGCCCAACCCCUGGAUCAGUGACACCACCGAGCUGUGGGACCAGGAGAAGCAAUGUAAGGAGCCCCUCCCCCUCCGCCGCGUGCGUCGCUGGUCGUUCAGUCUCCGCGAGCUGCUAAGAGACGCGCCCGGCAGGGAACACUUCGCCAAGUUCCUCAGCAAGGAGUUCAGCGGAGAGAAUCUCAAGUUCUGGUUGGCGGUGCAAGAGCUGAAAUCUCUUCCCAUACGGCGCGUCUCCUCCCGCGCUAAGGAGAUCUGGAAGGAGUUCCUCUCCUCGGACGCCCCCUCACCCGUCAAUAUAGACGCGGCCAGCAGGGAGUUGACGCGGGUCAGGGUGGAAUCCGGCGUGGCUGACAGAUACUGCUUCGAUCAGGCACAGGCCCACGUGUAUCACCUCAUGAAGUCCGACAGCUACUCGAGGUAUCUCCGCUCCGAGAUGUACAAGGAUUACCUGAACGGAUCCAAGAAGAAGACAUCAGUGAAGGGCAUCAGAUCCAUCGUGUCGUUCACCGGGCGCAAGGAGGCAGGGAACUGAUGACGUCACCACACAGAGGGAUUGAACAUGACAAAAGACAGACAUACAAUUAAGUUAUAUAAAUUAGUAGGUUCGAUGAUAGCGCGUCUGUUGUGUCAAAUAGUUUUUGUUGACAAAAUCUCAGCCGAAACCCUCACGGGACCUUCGCUUUAAUUUCCUAACCAAAGCUUACUUAAGACUGUCUCAAACAUAUAUAUAUAUAUACAUUUUUUUUUUAUAUUAUUGUAUCUAACAAAAUCCAUCAACUGUCCACGCGAGUGGAUCAGAUCUGAUAUUUGAAGUCACAGAGUAUAAGUACAUACAUUACCAGAACAGCAAAACAACUGCCGAUAGCAUGUUUUAUUGUUAAUUUUGUAUAUUUUUGGUACAUGAUGAAUCUAGUAAUUUUUUAAUAUAAUGUUCGGCCAACAUCCGCUCACGUAAACUAGAAUUCCUAAUCAGUAUUCCAAAUUAGCUAUAAGUAAAAGUGUAUGAAAAUUUUCGCAAUACAUUAUAUUUAAGUGACCGGAAAUGAUGACGCUCUUCGUUUCCGGCGAGUCGGGUGUGAGACGACCGUAUGACGUGCUGCUGGGUCGAUACAAUCAUAUACAACUAGUCUGUAAGAUCUUCCAUAUUGAUUUGUAUAGACCGUAGGGGGUGACGCCAUUUUGGACGCCCCCCUCCCUAAAUGUAAAACCAAAUACCGUGUUAUAAGUAUAAUAGCAUGUUAGGUGAUAAUGUUAAUGUCCCCUCUAAUGAAUACCAAAUAGUUGUAAACCAGAGAGCAUUUACCGCAUCCGGUGUAGAUGGAGAAGAAUAAAUUAUUUUAAACUGUAA